AUGUUAUCAAUAGGGAAGCGGGUGGCCAUGUGCGUUAAACAUGGACAAGAUCGCGACACUUUGACAAUAGCUGCCAUGUUGCUUCUCGCUUUCUCUUUGUUCAUUGCAGUAUGUGUUUUCCUCCUGAUCCAUUGUAGCAAAAGAGAAACUAAGAAGAAUCUUCCACCUGGAAGCUUUGGAUGGCCGUUUAUUGGUGAAACGCUAGUAUAUCUUCGCUCACUAAGAGAUGGAACCCCGGAAAGAUUUGUAAGCGAGAGAAUGAAGACAUAUGGUAGUCCUUUGGUCUUCAAAACAUCUUUGCUUGGCGAACGUAUGGUUAUCUUCUGUGGGCCUGAAGGGAACAAAUUUCUGUUUGGGAAUGAGAACAAACUGGUCGCAUCAUGGUGGCCUGGUGCAAUCAGAACACUUUUUGGUAAGUGCUUGAAUACAAGCCGCGGUGAAGAAGCCAAGUGGUUGAGGAAGAUGAUGCUGUCUUACUUGGGUCCUGAUGCCCUUUCCAAUCGUUAUACCGCCACCAUGGAUAUAGUUACUCGUCGUCAUAUCCAUACUCACUGGAAAGGCAGGAGUGAGGUGAAGGUUUUCGACAUGGUGAAACCAUACCUAUUCGAGCUUACUUGUCUUCUAUUUUUAAGCCUUGAUGAUCCAAAAAAUUUUGCGGAACUUGGAAUCUUGUUCAAUAUUUUCCUAAAAGGGCUAGGAGAGAUACCCAUUAGUAUCCCCGGGACUCGAUUUUAUAAGGCCAAAAAAGCGGCGAAUGCUAUUAAAAAAAAACUAGUGGUGAUCAUUAAGCAGAGGAAGCUAGCCAUGGAACAAGAACAAAAACCCUCAUCCUUUGAAGAUCUUCUGUCACAUCUGCUUGUAUCUUCAGAUGAAAAUGGUCAGUUUUUGUCUGAAAUGGAGAUUGCAAAUAACGUAUUGUUACUACUCUUUUCCGGACAUGACACUUCUGCUGUUUCCAUAACGUUGCUCAUGAAGAGUCUUGGAGAACAUCCCCAAGUUUACGAAAAUGUGCUAAAAGAGCAAUUGAGCAUUCUGGAAGCAAAAGCACCCAAUGAAUUGCUAAAUUGGGAGGACAUACAAAAGAUGAGAUACUCAUGGAAUGUUAUAUGCGAAGUAAUGAGACUAACUCCACCAGUGGCUGGAGCUUUUAGGGAGGCCCUUGUGGAUUUCGAGUAUGCUGGUUAUACAAUCCCCAAAGGAUGGAAGAUAAUUUGGAGUGCAUCCAUCAGUCAUAAGGAAGAGGAUAACUUCCCAAAUGCUACGGCGUUUGAUCCUUCGAGAUUUGAAGGAGCAGGACCAACUCCAUUUGCCUUUGUUCCAUUUGGUGGCGGUCCACGGAUGUGUUUGGGAAAAGAACUAGCUCGUGUGCAAAUACUUGUGUUCCUACACAACAUAGUGACACAGUUUAAGUGGGACCUACUGAUUCCAGAUGAGAAAAUAGAAUACGAUCCAUUGGCUACUCCAGUUAAAGGACUCCCAAUUCGACUCCAUCCUCAUACAAUCUGA